GGAUGGAGACGGCAGGAGACAUGGUUUGCAGUUAAACUCAAGAAUCUUUUUAUAUAUUGGCAGUGUUUUUGAUAAUGUUUCGCGAAACAAUGCUUGGAUUCUUGUUGUUUCACCUUGCCGCAGCAAGUUCUACCACUCCGGAGCCUGAGGUUCCAACGUGGAAAUUGUUCAGCUCUUCGCUUGAGGAUAAAAUUGUUGCACCAAUAUCUUGUAUUGCCAUAAUCAUCCUAGGCAUGCUGUACCUCUAUCUGAAGACAAAAGCUCUUCAUGCCCAAGAUAAAACAAAACAUACUGAAGCUGAUCUCCACCCAGAGCGUGACAGGGACAUAGAAAGUAUGAAGAAACUCGGCACAGGAGAUUUCGAACCCUUCCUCAAUCCCUUCGACGUCGAGGCCGAAACCCGACUAAGAUUGUAUUCAAACAAUGUGCAGGAACUUUUCACGCUCUCCUUCCCAUGUAUUUUUGUGGUGGCAUGUUCUCCCUUCAUGCUUUUGGUGCAGUCUUACAUCGUCAGCUAUAUCUGGGAUGAUGUGGGAGUCAACUCCAAGUUCGUGAAUGCCAACAUCCCAAUUCGAUGCUUUUUAAUGCCAUCGGGCCUGGUGUACGCCAUCAUGUUUGGGUUUGUGUUUCAGUGUGUCACCAGGAAGCAAUCGGCAGUCACUGACAGGUUUUUGUACCAGGUGAAACUCCUCUGGCAGAUCGUGGCCAUGACGACCAAGAUCCAUCUCUCAGACACAGACCGUCUAGAUGUGGUUAUCGCUGUGAAGGAUGCCAUUGUCCACAUGAUGGUCCGUAUUGUCGACCGUCCUGUGGAGAAGUACGUGAAUCCGCCACCGGAGCAUCUGACAGACAGCCUGUACGCCAUUCUUGAUAAGAUUCGGGAGGUCGACUUAACCGACAAGUCCGCCAUGGUUGAUACCACGAUGAUGCACAAGAUCAGCAGCAUUAUUGUGGAGCUCAUUGGGAGUGACUACGACAACUUCAACAUCUUCCACGCUCGCACACACAUCCUCCAAUGGUUCAUCCUGGAGUUUCUGGGUCUGUCUGCGUACUUUGGCAUCUUGCUGAUUGACGGCAAAUCAUACAUCUUCGAGCUGGUCGUGUCCUACAUCACAGUAAUCUCUAUCUCCAUGUUGUGCUACAUUGUCGCUGAUCUAGACGCCCCCUUCAGUGGCUUCUUCACAAUCGACAUCAAGCCUCUGUUUGACAUUCUGAGGCGCGCAGAACAGGUGUACAACGACACGUGCGCCAGUGCCUCACAGGCGAGGAGAGAGAAGUAUUUGAAGGCACAGAGCGCCCCCAAGAGCCGACCCCAGGCGAUCCCACGCAAAACCCGCCCAAAGACCGUGGGUACAGAAGAUGUAUUUUUUGACCUAAUGUCGUGAGAGAUGGGCAAGACAGAUGGCUAGAAAGAACGAAA